GAAAACUGUGGUCAUGAGGUUCUUCCGAUGGGUUAGGAGGGUUUGGCAAAAGUUUACUUGCUGGGUUUUUGGCUGGAGACACAAAGCUAAGCCACCCAUUUUGGGACACUCUGGCUCCAAGAAAUCUGCAUUGAAGGGGGUGGAGAAGACUCCCAAGGUGGUUGAGACUUUCAAGUUGGUUGAGUGCCCCACAGAGGCUAAGCUCCCCCACACGGAUGAGUCCCCCAAGGAGGCUGAGCCCUGCGUGACGGAGUUGGAGCUGGGCCAUGAGUGCCAAUCCCUGCUGUGGCUGCCCCGGACAGCUGUCCAGUCUGUCUCCACGCUCAUGGUCUCUGCCCUACAGACCGGCUGGCAGCUGUGCAGCUGGAAGUCAUCUGUGAGUUCUGCCUCAAUCGCCUCCCAAAUGAGGACCCGGUCCCCAUUGGACACACCGGAGGCUGAAAUGCUGCGGGAAGUGUAUCUGGUGCUAUGGGCCAUUCGGAAACAACUGCGCCAGCUGGUCCACAGGCAGGAGAGGCACAGACGGAGGCACCGGAGCCGGACCCACACCGUCCCACAACCUGACCCAGUUCAGUCCCUGAAACAGGAUGCCCGAAGUCCCCUCUAGGGGAGCACCACAGAUCAUCAGAAAGCCCCAACCUGACUCUUAGGUAAGGUUGAUAAAAGGGGUCAGAGCAGCAGGCCAGAAGUUGUAGGUGAGAAGAUGUUUUCAUACUGUCACCUCUCAUCAGGAGUCCAAGGCCAGGACUGGGGUCCCACAUACUCCCCUUCAU